AUGACUAUUUUUUGCAAGGAGACCCAGGAGAUCCAGGAGACGAUCACCUACCAAAACUCUACCAAUUCCUCCGCCCGCCAAUGUUUCCACUGCGAAAGCGAACACCUCAUCGAAAACAUCGCCAGCGGGGAUAAUCAUAACGGCAACGCCGGAAGACUCUAUCUGCGCUGCGAAGCAUGCGGGAACUUCCAGUGCUGGCUGGAUGCUCGCGGAUGCAGCGUUCCAAACCCGCUAUGCUUAUGCGGCUGGCCUAGCCGGCGACAAGUCGCUGGGAACCAGGCACGCAGUCCUGGCAGUCUUCACUUUGUGUGCGAGCAUGGGCGCUGUUGGUUUGAUGAAGAGGCGCUGGAUCAGAAUGGGAAGCAGGUUGUUGUUGCCCAGAAGAGGAUUCCGACUGCUACUAAGCAUAAUUAUAUUUGA